AUGGCAUUUGUUCAGGAGGAGCGGGAGGAAGAAGUGAAGCAAAAGAGGCCCAAGAAGAAGUUCAAGGAGGAACAGUUGGUGACGCGAUGGGACAUUUGGCGAGGGGCUGCUGACUUAAACAAAGCUUUAUUGAACCUUUGUCAUGAAUUUAAGAAUGCGCGGGCUGCUACGUUGUCAGUGGCUCGGGGAGCUGAGAAAGACAAGAGCCGUUUGCAACUGGUGUGGCGAGAAGGAUACUACACCCUUCAGGAUUUACACGACGAUGGCCAAGAGGUAGUCACCGACUUCGUGCAAGCUUUGAGCAUGCCUCGAGGCACAGACGAGCGCUUCUUGCAGCUCGCCUUUCAGGAGGGUGAAGAGGAGGAGGAAGAGGCUGCUCCCCUUGCUGCGGCUCCAACCGCGGGGCCCUGGGACGCGACGUGGCUGCGGACGCUGGCGCCGCUGUAUUCGCUGCACAUGGGCUGCGAAAACAUGGGACCACUUCUCUAUAGUCUGGUGCGGUUUGUGAAGCCUUCUCGGAGCUUGGAGAUUGGUGCAGGCUAUACUUCUGCCUUUCUGCUUCAAGCACUGGAGGGGACACUGCUCCUGGCGCUGAGCCUGAAGGCGGAGACCUCCACUGACAGCACUGCUCCGUUGCUGUGGCAAGUCGCCAAGCGCUUGAAGCUACAGCAUCGGUUGAGGUGGAUGCGGAAAGCUGGGGCUGAACAUGGCUUUGAGCGAAGUGCCAACUUGAAAAGCGAGCGAAGAGGUUUCCUCACUGAGGUGAGACCGAAAAGGUAUGAUGUGCGCUUUGAAUUUCAGAAGCUGGGUGCGGAUGAUGCCUUCAAGGGAUCUUUGAAGGCAGAUUUGGAUCUGUUGACCCCGGCUCGUACAGUUGAGCUCCAUGCCAAGUGCAUCCAAGUUCACUCCGCCGUGGUCAUCUUCCAAUCCGGGGAGAAACUUAAGAUGUCAGAGGCUGUUGUACAGGAUGCAUCCGAGAGCGUGCUUCUGACCUUUCCAUCAGUUGUGGGGCCGGGCAGUGUGGUGUUGGAGUGCGACUUUACUGGUAGCAUCAGAGGUCCUUUGAGCGGAUUGUACCACUGCGACUUCAAUGGAAUUGCGGGCGCUUCGACUCACUUUGAACCGGUCUAUGCGCGCUACGUAUUUCCGUGCAUCGAUGAACCAGCGGCCAAAGCGCACUUCAAAAUCUCGAUCGUCGCUCCGAGCGCAUUGACCGUAGUGUCCAACAUGCCGGAAGAGAGCUCGAGAUCCAUGGAUGGUGUCACUGAGCAUGUUUUUGCCGAGACGCCCCGCAUGUCUUCCUAUCUGCUGGGCUUUGCCAUUGGAGAUUUCUCAGUGAUCCACCUGGAAGGAAAAUCACCAGUUCCAAUGGCUCUCUAUGCCCAGCGGGGAAAGGAGAAGAUGGGCCAAUUUGCAUUGGAAAUUGCUGCGUAUAGCCUGGACUUUUUCGAGAAGUUCUUUGAUCAGAAGUUCCCUUUGCCGAAGCUCGAUUUGGUGGUUCCGCCUGCCUUCCCUAUUGGUGGCAUGGAGAACUGGGGCAUCAUCACUCUGACAGAUCGCGUGCUGAUGGAUGAGACGGCCUCCUUGCGCAAGCGCCAGGGUGUUGCCAACCUGGUGGCGCACGAGGUCUCGCACAUGUGGUUUGGCGACCUGGUGACCCCACAAUGGUGGGACGACUUAUGGCUGAAGGAAGGCUUUGCCUCGUGGGUGAACCUGUUACCCUUGGAUGCCAAGUACCCAGAGUGGCGCGUCUGGGACAGCUGGAUCCUCUCCAAACUCUAUGGCGGUUCCUCCAAGGGCGGGGCCUUAGAGGUGGAUCAGUACCAGGCGACGCAUCCCAUCGAGGUGGCCGUGAACCAUCCCAGCGAGGUGCAGGAGAUCUUCGAUGACCUCAGCUACAACAAGGGGUCAGCAGUGGUGAACAUGUUGUACCACUCCUUGGGCCACGAGACCUUCAGAAAAGGCCUCUCUGAGUGGCUGGAAAAGUGUAAGAACUCCAAUUCCACCACCAACGAACUCUGGGGCUGCCUGGCUGCCGCCUCGGGUCAACCAGUGGCAGAGAUGAUGACCAGCUGGACUCAGCAGAUGGGUUUUCCUGUCCUGGAAGUCACUUCCAGUGUUUGCGGCGAAGAUUGGGAGAUAUCGCAGCAACGCUUUAGCCUGAAACAUGUGAAGGAAGAGAAACGCAUGAAGGUCAACACUUGGACCAUUCCCGUGUCCUUUCAGCAUGAUGGCUCCGCGGGAUGCGAAGAACGCACACUCUUCUCAGGCUGUCGCACCAAGAUACCUCGCAAAGGCGAAUGGAUCAAAGUGAAUAGCGGCAUUCGCACACCACUACGAGUUUGCUAUUCUAAAGAGCUGCUGCAAAAGAUCGUGAAGUCUGGCACUGCUCUUAAACCCAUGGAUCGUGUUGGAUUGGUGAACGAUACUUUUGCCUUGGUCCGGGCUGGCAUGUUGGAACCCAGCGUGCUGAUGUCGCUCUUUGAAUCUCUGCUGGCCACGGAGCGAGAUCCAUUGGCCUGGGUGGGUCACAUCGCGGUGCUGCGCAAGGUGAUCGAUGCCUUCGAAGGUGCCUUCGAGGACGAAGAAAAAGCGCGGGAACUGAAGCGAUUCAUCACACACCUGGUAGCGCCCUUGAAGGAGCGCCUGGGUUGGGAAGAGCAGGCUACGGAAGAUGCCUGGGAAUCCCUGCUGCGACCUGAGGUGCUGAGUUUGCUGGGCACUCUCAAGGACCCCGAGGUGUGCCGGGAGUCGAUCCAACGUGCCGAGUCCUACCUCUGCACGGCGCCGAGCCAUUCCAACGGUGGCUUGGGCGGCUUGAACUUGAAGGCGGCCUUUCGAUCCCCUUGCCCCGCCUGCGGUGGUUUGGAGGUUCCCAGCUCGGCUGUGCGGGGUGUCGCUCUUCGAGUAGGCCUUUCCAACAAGGCCUCCCUCUGGAAAAGCAUGUGCGAACGCCUCCAAGCUGCCAGCAAUACGGAAGAACGGGAUCAGUUGCUGAUAGCAUUGAUGGGCCAUUCAGAUGGUCGAGUCCUAGAAGAUUGGGUCGCAGCCGCCAUUGGCGGCAAGCUGCCUAGCCAGGAGUGGGAAACACUGUUCGCGGGCUUAGCAAGCAAUCGACAUCACAAACGAUUGGCUUGGAGGAUGUUGAUCAGACAUUGGGAUGCGGUGGAGAAAGUCUGGGGCCAAUCGCAGUUCAAGAUGAAAGCCAUCAUUUCCCAUGCCAUGUCCAAAGCAGAUCCAGAGGAAGUGCAAAGUUUCUUUGAACGCCAUCCCUGUGAUGUGGCCAAGAGAAGCAUCCAGCAGCAGCUGGAAGGCCUGGAGGCGGAUGCACGGCUGAACGCCAAGGCGCAGGACUUGCAUAACUACUUUCAAUCAGGCAUGCCCCAACUCUGA